CCUUCAUAAAAGGGAAGAAAGCCUGCGUAUGGAACAGGAGUGAACUUUUACAACAAGCUGAUUCUUGAGUGUUAAAAUUGUGAUGUGAAGUUUAUCUUGAUUGUGUGACUUCUACAGGAUCGUGUUUUAAGUUAACCAUGAAGCGACGUUUAAGCCAGGAAAGCCCUUCUGCCUCCAAGGAUGCAGUUAAAGAAACCGAAACCAACAUCGCCUUACCGCAAAAGUCAAAUCCUGUAUUGAAGAAAUUGACAAGAAACCAGGACAUGAAAUUUAUGGAAAAUUUCAACCCUGAAACUAGUAACAGAGAGAAACGGAAACUGACACGAAAAAUCAGUCAUGGAGGGCGCAGGCAAGCAGCCAGUUUAUAUGAUGACAGAGGUAUCUAUAUUGCCACUGGAAAGGAUCUCUGUGAUUGCCUAGACGAGACAUGUGUUGGCUGCCACUUCCCAUGCCCAAAAUGUCGUUCAAACAAAUGUGGGCAGGAGUGCAGAGUCAACAGAAAAUUUGUUUAUGAGCAGAUAGAAAUUGAAGGCACUGACAUUGUCAUAAAAAACAAAUUUAAAUGAAAAGUAAACGUCUGCUGCCUUCUUUUCUGAAGAAGUUUUACAAUCUGCGUGCAUGAAAAUGUGCUUUCAGGUUUUAAAAUUUGUGUUAUUUACAGAAAGUGUCUGUGAAGUUAAAUUGUUUUUUAUCAUUAUGGAAUGGUUUACCUUUUAUUGAAAUGAGGAAGCUCAUUCACAUAAAAGGAAUAGGCAAUUGAAUUAUGUGAUCGUUUGUUUUGUGAAGUAAUAUAUACAGGAAUUGCAUAUUGUUACAGAAUUAAUAUAUCAAAGUAUGACUGAAGUCCUGUGACAUCUUAUAUGCUAUUGGUUUGUACAUCAGAAUCUAAGUUGGAGAUGUCAAUUAAAUAUUGAUGUGAACAAAUAAAUAUGUAACUCUAA